CAUACGUUCAGUCAGUCUGCACCGGGGAGGCACCCCAACGAGUGGCUUUAUUUUCGGAAGGGUCGGUGACUUUACUCCGAUCAGUCAGUAUUCGUACCAAUCGAUAAUCCUCCAGGAUGCAUCCAUGCAAUCGAGUUGCUAUUUUGUUUGAAACAACUUAACAAAAAUGUUUAUUGAAUGCUUUUAAAAAAAAGGUGGCUUCACAUCUGCAGGAAACACACUGGGUUGCUUUUUUUUUCUUCUUGUUGCAAGAAACUAAAUGUUCCAGGCGCUCUUUUUCCUUCAGAAAAGGAACGUAACACGUGCAGGUAGUGUUUUGACCAAUCAGUUGUAGCGCCGCGAACACAGGGGUAUAAAUGAGAGGCAGUUGCCGUAGAGACGUCUGCAACUGAAGAGUUGAACGCAAGAGCUCGAGGUAUCUCGUCAGGACAACGUGUGAUGAACACUAAGUUGCAGCAAAGCACACGACCAACCGUUUCCCCAUUCAUGGCCUUCGGACAACACGAUGACUGAUGUGAAAGUCCGUCCCUCUGUCGGCGGAAACCCGCCUCCGCCCGAGGUCGUGAACCCCAAGAGUCCUGGACGUGUGACCAACCAGCUCCAGUACCUGGAGAAGGUGGUGAUCAAAGCUUUAUGGAAACAUAACCUUUCGUGGCCCUUUCGCCUGCCAGUGGAUGCGGUGGCACUGCGUCUCCCAGAUUAUUAUACGAUCGUAACGACGCCGAUGGAUCUGACUACUAUUAAGAAGCGCCUUCAGAACAAAUACUACUGGCAAGCACUUCCGUGUAUCCGAGACUUCAAUACCAUGUUCACCAACUGCUAUGUGUACAAUCGGCCUGGAGAUGACAUUGUUUUUAUGGCACAGACUCUGGAGAAGCUUUUUUUGCAGAAGUUGUCCACGAUGCCCAAGGAUGAGUGUGACACCAGAGCCAUCACGACGAAGGAAGCAGUGAAGGGGAGAAAGACUCAUGCAGAUGCUCUAAAGCAGAGGUCCCUUGUGUCAGAGGUUGUUCUCCAGCAGACUGUGAUGGUCAUUCAGCCUGAGAUGAGUCAAUACAUCCCACCCGCUCAGCUCUCUCAAAUUGAUGCAACAAUAAAAAAGGGUUUUAAGAGGAAAGCGGACUCAGUCAUCACCGGCGGUGACACCUCCCUUGCUGAGGAUCACUCGGCACCUUGCAUGUUAUUCUCAAGGAGAGGCAGCAACAGGCCCAUCAAACCCCCAAAGAAAGACUUGCCUGCCUCUGAGAGCAAAAAGACCCGACUGUCUGAGCAGCUCCGGUGCUGUAAUGACAUCCUGAAGGAGAUGCUCUCAAAGAGACACUAUGCGUAUGCGUGGCCCUUCUACACCCCCGUUGACGCGCACACGUUUGGCUUGCACGACUACCAUGACAUCAUCAAGCAGCCUAUGGAUCUGAGCAGCAUGAGGAGGAAAAUGGAUCAACGAGAGUAUGCAAGCGCAAAGGAGUUUGCCGCUGAUGUCCGACUGAUGUUCUCCAACUGUUACAAAUACAACCCGCCGAUGCACGAGGUGGCCGACAAGGCACGGAAACUGCAGGAAGUUUUCGAGGCCCGAUACCUGAAGGUCACUCAGGAGGAGAGUUGUCCCAGACCUCAGCAGCGAGUUCACCAUGGAAAAAAAGACAGGUGUCAGAGUUCAGCCUCUGAAAGCGAGAGCUCCUCGGAGGCAGAGGGGGCCUCCGAGGAGGUGUCCCUGCAGCUGGCCAGUCUGGAGGAGCAGUUGAAAUCUGUCCACAAUGAGCUGAAGAGAUUCACCCAAGUGCCCGUGAUUAAACCCAAGAAGAAGGACAAGUUGAAAAAGGAAAAAAGAGCCAAAGACAAGGAUAUCGCUCGACUAAAGCACAAGUCCUCAAAACACAAGUCUGUUGAAGAGAAAUUGGCGAACCGCAAGAGCUCUACUUUGCAUGGCGGCAGACACAGCAGUCAUGGCGUGACUUCGACGCGCAAGGAUGACGUCGCAUCAACACCGGUCACCUACCAGGAGAAGAAACAGCUGAAGUUGGACAUCGACCAGCUGCCCGGUGACAAACUGGGCAAGUUGGUGACGAUCAUUCACGCCCGGGAGUCCUUCCCACGAGACUCCGAUGUGGAGGAGAUCGAGGUGGACUUUGAGAUGCUCAAGUCCUCCACGCUGAGAGCCCUGCAGAGGUUUGUUGCAGCAUGUCUGAAGAAGUGCAACAAGGACACUCGCAAAAACAAGCCGGUGAAGCCCACAGGAGUUUUGCCGACUGGCAAACUGAAGGAUGCUGGGACGCCGCAGGUUGCCAGCAAAGAGCAGCACUUGGUUAAGAAAAGAAAGCCAUUACCUCAAAUCAUAGCAGCUCCUGCCCUUGGCUGCCCUUCAUACCUCAGUGAAUGCAGCAGCAGCAGCUCGUCAUCCAGCUCUGGCAGCAGCAGCAGCCAUUCCGGCUCGUCCGAUAGCAGUGACUCUGAAUCCGUGCCAAAGUCAAAGAAGACAAAAAGUAAAGACUCUUGCCAAAAGGUGAAGACGGAGUCAAAGGUGAGCCACUCCGCCUCCAGCAAGCGGCCCUCUCCUGCCGCGCAGCCCCCAGUGACCGAAGCCAAAUGCCACCCAACGCACCGCAACGUAGACCAUGAGCUGAAUAUAUAUCCCACAGAUCUGGCUGCCCUUUUAUCCCCCAUGGCAUCUCCGGGAGUUUUGCUGGACUGGAAUCCCACCAGGUUUGAGCAGGGCCCGGUGCUGUCCCCUCUGAGAGACAGCCCGCUACGGUCCAAAGAGGAAACCCGGUUCAGUAGGUCACCGGAAAACCGUGAGUCUGAGAUCUACUUUUUUUUUAUUUGUUACCAAUCCUUCAGAAGGACACUUAUUUUUACAUGGAUUGUGCCAGAUUCCAGAUACUCUGAGGAUUUCCUCAGCAGACAACUGACCAAUGUGCUGCACACCAACACACCGAGUAACUCUGCCGGAGAGGGGAAAAUCCCAAUUCCCAAAAAGGACAUCGUUCUGAAAAAUGCAGAGUCCUGGGCGAAAGUGGUGCGGCAGUCGGUCACUGCAAUCAAGUCGUCGAAGGAGAGCUUCCAGAAGUUCCGCAAGGUGGCCAUAAAAAAGGAGGCGCAAGACAAAGCCCUGAAGGAGAAACUGAUGGGCGCCGCCGCAGAGACGGAGGUUCCCGAAAAGAGCAGCUUCCCCGGCCCGUGUAGAGCAGAAACCAAUCCCCAACCCGUCAAGGAGGAUCCCAAUUCGCCAGAGAGCCUCGGCACCAAAGCCGCCCUGGACGCUCCGAAAGACGCGGAGCAGCUGAAGUCCCCCGCAGAAGCUCCGCCUCUCCCCACACAGUCCCUGGUGGACGGGGAAAGGGAGCUGGCGCGCAGAAAAGAGCAAGAACGACGCAGGCUGGAGGCCAUGUCUGGGAUUGAUAUCUCUAUGCAGCGGGACAUCAUGACCUUAUUUGAACUCGGCCUGGAGUGACAGACCGCCGUGCGCGCGGCCUCGUUGAAUAGCUCGAGCUGUUGGCUCUUUCUCGGGCACAAAAGACCACUUCAGCAUCAAUCGUAUUUACGUCCUGGAGACUAGAAAAUAAAACGUUAACUGUUCUAUAAAACAUAAAUGGGCCCCUUGGUUUGCAUUUUAAAUGAAUAGUCAGCGUCUGCACUGUUGAGUUUGAGAUGAUCGGGGUGUCGCACUUUAAAAAUUCCUUCCCUGAUGUUCUCUUUCAGGCGUGUUUUUCGGCUCUCUUUCUCCACAUGUUGAUGUGAAAACAGUUGUUUAUGACAAGCUAAUUAAUGCAUUCAUACACUUUAGUUUACACUUUGCCACCUCGUCUUGUUUGCUGAAAUGUGCAGUGUUGUUUCGUUCUUCUGCUCCGUUAUGCACUUUGAUGAACCCUUACCACCAGUCUUCAUAUAUAUAUUAUAUGGAGACAAAACACCAGUUUUAUAUCUUUACGGUACAAUGCACGUAUGACUUUGUUUUUAUUUAUAAUUUUCAUUGCACAAGAAUCAAAACUUAUUUUGAAUGAAAGGUCGGAAGGUCCUCAUCAACAAUUUCCAGUGUGGAACCAAAGUAAAUAUUCUCAGUUCCUUAUUUGCCUGACUACUUGAAAAUACCAUAAAUGUGUUAACUGUCCACACACUGCACUUUGUUGUUCAUACAGUUCUGGCUGUUCCAAAGUUUAUUUUUUGGAGAUUCUCAACAUGUUCUGUAUGUUACAGUUUGUAUAUGCUAAAUAAAUAAGAAUGUCUUUCUUUCUCUCUUUUUUAGCAAUUUUUAGAAAAAACUCAAUAAAGCUAUUUUCACCAAGCAA